GCAUUGAAGAUUUAUUCCUUGUGAAAUAGUUCUAUCUUUAUUCCUCUACAUUCCUUCGAUUCCUUUUUGUUUAAUUUCGUUUGGUAAUUUUCAUUUUUUCCACAUCAUUUGUUUAAGCGAAUUUGAAAUUUUGGAUAAAUUUGUGAAACCCGAAUAAUGGACAGUACAAAUGUGAUUGAAUUGGCGACGGAUAAUUCAACGACAACCAUGCUUGAAUUGAAUGUUAGCCUUAAAUCAUCAUCGGAAAUUUUCGAUAGCGUCGCUUCUACCUCAGGCAAAAAGAAUGGUAUGCUUCAUAAUAAUCAAACGAAUGGCUAUAAUCAUCAUUCGAAUGGAAUUAUCAAGAAUGGUGUCAGUAAUGAUAGAAAUCAUUGUUCUUCCGCGACAACCACAUCCUCAUCCUCAUCAUCAUCGCAAUCUUCUAAUGGUAGCCAAACAUCACUGGAUACUAAAUUAAUAUUCUUCAAAAUGAUGGCACAAAUAAUUCGAUAUCAAUUACAGAUCUGUGAUCAAUCGGCAGAUCAACAACAAAUUGAACAAUCAUCAUCAUCACCAGUGUGCAUCUUUCCAAGACUUGAUGAUUCGAAAAAGCGUCCUUAUAUGUUACAGCCUUCCAUGUUUCCAUUGAUGUAUCCCACUGUUUAUUUUGUUGCUGAAGAUGAUAUUCUUUCCGAUGUUCCACAAGAAGUGAAGCCAUUUUUACGGUGGAAAAUAACUAGUAUCACGGCCAAUACAAUGCGUUCGAUCGUAUUGAGAUCCGGAUACAAACUCAUGCCCGUUGAUCGUAAUCCUAAAAACAAAACAUUCAAUAAUUGGAACGCUAUAUGGUGUAAACAUUUGCGUGUUACUGAAUUUCAACUAAUCGGUUAUUAUCAACGUGUGAAUCAUUUUCCUGGUAGUUUCAAUUUUGGACGUAAAGAUCGAUUAUGGCUGAAUCUUAAAUCGAAAAUUGAAAAAUAUGGUGCCGAUAUGUUUGGAGUUUUUCAUCCACCAACUUUUAUCAUGCCAAAUGAUUAUUCCUCAUUGAUUGCUUAUUGGAAUAGUGAUGAAUCCAUACUCAAGAAUCAUUGUUCUACCAAGCAGAAAUCAUCAUCAGAACAAUGUUGUAAUGAUGAUGAUGUUCCACCGAAAAUGUUUAUCUGCAAACCACCGGCAUCGGCUCGUGGACAAGGAAUCGAUAUUGUAUCGAAUGUGGAAGAAUUACACACUUUAAUGUCUCAACAGAAUAGCAAUACUAAUAGCAGUAACAUUAAUGCUAGUAAUGGAAAUAAUUUGCGUAAACCAAAAGUAUCGAUGGUGGUACAGGAAUACAUUUCCAAUCCAUGCCUUUUACAUAAUGAUGCCAAAUUUGAUCUUCGUGUCUAUGUACUGAUAACAUCCAUACUGCCUUUGCGUGUCUAUGUUUAUGAUGAAGGUCUUGUACGAUUUGCAGCUAAUCGCUAUUCGAAUAGUGUGAAUGAUAUCAAAAAUCAGUUCAUCCAUCUAACUAAUUACAGUGUGAAUAAGAACUGUGUGGAAUAUGUACCAAACAGUAAUGUUGAUGGACAAGAUGGACACAAAUGGACAUUGAAAACUUUGUGGAAGCAUUUAUCCAUGACAAGAAACUUAGAUGUUGAUCAGAUUUGGAAGCAAAUCAUCGAUCUCAUCAUCAAAACUGUGAUCAGUGCCGAAUCAAAUAUUCUCUCAUUGCUUAAACAGAAUCUCAAAAAUCGACGUUCUUGUUUCGAAUUGCUUGGCUUCGAUAUCAUUCUGGAUGAAAAUUUGAAAUUAUGGCUACUCGAAGUGAACAUUACACCUAGUUUACGAGCCGAUUCUGUGCUGGAUUUUUCCGUUAAAAAUCAAUUAGUACGAGAUAUUCUCAAUACAUUGGGCUAUCAAUUAUCACCACGUUUUCGACGACAUUACAAUUUCGGUCAUCUGGUUUGUCCGGAGAAGAACGAUCUUCUCACACAGAUGAGCCUUGCAGAUAGUGAUAAGCAUAAAAAUUUCGAAGAAUCUUUCAAAUCAAAUGGACUCGAUGAUAGCUAUUGCAGUCAUCUAAUUGAUGAAUUAACCGAUGAUGAUGUAAUGCAUCUUAUGGAAUCGGAAGAUGAAUUGAGUCGUUGUGGAAAAUUCAGUCGUGUAUUUCCAGCAUGGAAUAGUCGUAGUUAUCUGAAAUACUUUGAUUCGUGUCAUUACUAUAAUCUGUUAUUGACAGCUUGGGAAGAACAUUAUGGUCAACGACGGCAAACCGGCAUCGAUCGUCUUCGUUCUUACAUGUUGGCUAAAGAUUCUGUGAAAUCGAAUGUUGAUAAACUAAAGGUUCAAUUGAAUGAGAUAAAUCGUAACAUUUCAAUUCUACUUCAACAACAGCCUUCAUCACAAACUUGACAAUUUGUUUAUUGAUUCAAUCCAAUCACUUUUAAUCAGCCAUACAACAAAAAAGUACCAAAUAAUGAUCGUUUAUUAAAGUGUUCUUUUUAAUCUU